UGCUGGAAACUAUCCACCAGGACUAGCGGGGCGGGGGGGAUGGGAGUUGGAUAAAGGACAGCUUGGCGUCAGGGUUGGGGAGGCAGUGGGGAAUGCUGGGGUCUGUGGUGGAGUGGAGAUGCCAAGCCACUUGGCUCCAGCCACCCGCUGUCCUGUGCAGGGGUGCAGAGAUGAUGGUCCGUGUGGCCAGACCACCUUGGGGAGCAGGACCACUGUUCUCAGAAGGACACAACCAGGUUUGUGAGUGGCGACGUCGCUCUGGCAUGGAAAACGGACUGAAGCAGCCAGAAGCUUGGAGGCCUUGACCCUGGAGACUGAAGACCAUGUAGAGCCACUGGGACAAGCCGGUGGUGGUGGGAGGUGGCAGAAAGCAGAGCUACAGUUCCAUCCGCCCCGGGAUUUGGGGGGCCCAGGGCUUUGUACAUGGCUCCAGGCCUGUCCCCAGCCCCGGUGGGGCCUAGAAGGGGUGGCGCUCACCCUGGCCCUGCCCAGCUAUCUUUGCCACAUUCCCAGCCUCCCGGUCCUGUCUUUCCAGGUGUGCUGGACACUCUGGGUCCCUCCUUCCAGGCCCUCCUUCACAAACAGGUCCCCGUGAGCCCCUUUGAGGGCCCUGGUGCCAGGAUGGGUCUCUAGCAGUGGGCCCAGCAGGCCGCAGUUCACAAAACCCUUGUCCACCAUCUCACCUCACCUGGCUGCCACUGGGAGGGAGGCAGGACAGGCCCCGUGGUUCCCAUCUGCCCCCAAGCCUUCCCUGCAGAGGAAGUGCCUGGGGCCCCACACCAGAUUCCCACCUGCCACCCACGACCCAUGAGUGACCCCGAUGUCCUCUCCCCAGCCCUCCCCAGGUGCAGAGGGCCCAGUGGGGAACUGAAUCCUGUGUGGACACUGCGUGGGAGGAAGGGGAAGGGGCUGGGUGGGUCCUCAGACCCCCAGGGUAGAGCACGUCCAGCUCAGGCCCUGCAGGGGGGAUGCUGGGAGGAUGCACCUUCUUGGCGGGGUGCUCUCUACCUUUGAUCUUGCAGUGACCAUGGGACCACGCCAACAGACCUGGCCUCAUCCACACGACUUCCUCAGAACCAUCAGAGCUGGGGCCCGAGUGGUCAGCCCCUCUCCUUCCCUUGUGCCGCCCCCCAUGUGUGUUUGCUGCUCCCACUUCCCAUCUGGGCCACCAGUGGCCACAUGGGCACUAGGACUGUAACUGCGCAGUACUGACAAUCAUAGAGAUAAGGACCGUGGCCACGCCCAGCGGUCUGGACAAUUCCACUCGCAUCUCAUGAGUUCUUUGUACGUCUUGUGAGAGGCUCAGAGCGGCAGACAGCUCGCCCAAGCCCACCCAGCCACGAGGCGGCCCGGACAGACAGCCCAGGACAGACGUCAGCCCAGGCCUGACCAGCCCCCAAGCCCAUGCUCCUGCACACUCCGUCCCACCUCUCCUGUUACCCGGUCUGGGCAGGGAAGGCUGGGGCCCAUGGAGCUGGUCCCCCUCUCCUCCGAGGGCCCCAGCAGCCAUGGGCUUAAUCCCAGUCUUGUUCAACCCAUAGGCAUGAGCGAAGGAGCGUGAGCACCACCCGCAUCCCUAAAGCCGGCUUGUGCCUGGCACAUUACAGGUCUCCUCAAACCCCAACAUGGCCCUACAUGGCAGCCCUUUUGCUGUAUCUGCUUCACAGAAGAAGAAACUGAGGAUCAGAGGCCCCCAGCUACUGAGGGGAGGGCCUGAGUUGGGCGUGGAGGCCUCUGUGGCUGCUGGACCCCAACCUCACAGCCCCCAGAAGCGUCCCUGGGUGGGCUCAGCAGCCCCCUCUGUAGGCGGUCAUGGGGUGGAGUGAGACAGGAACACAGCCCAGUUCCCCACACUCGCCUUUCACAACCCAACCGAUGGUGGCAUGGAGCAGGAAGGCGGAGAAAGGCCACAGGAAGCGCUGCGGGGGGGACGGAGGGGACGGGGAGGGGCGGCAGGCCACAGCACAGAGCCUGGGACCAGAGGGACGCUCAGACGCAGGGCUCCGCCAGGUGGGCAAGACUGCCCAAGGAUGAUGACACCCAGGGUCCUGGGGGUCCUGCCUCUCUCGCUCCUCCUGCUCCGGGCCUCAGGUAUGGAAAGUUCUAGCAACAAAUAUGAGCAACCGAGAAAGGUCUGCCUGGGGCGCAUCAAUGCGGACCAGUAUGAAUCUUUCCACCUGGAGAACACUGCUGACUGCUUCACAAAGUGCACGCAGUCAGGGAAUGAACCCUGUGACCUGGAAAACUUGCAGAGGUACUGGCUGAAAUUCGAGUACCAUCUGCUGGAGAGUCAGUCGGGCAUAGUGAAUAUGUCUUUUUUGAAGGCUGCUGUCCAGAAUGUCAGCACCAACAUCUCAGAAGACCUCUUCUUCUCUCUGACGCCCUCCCAGGUUCCAGGGCAGGUGACAGAGGAUGAGCGUGAACACCCCGACAGAGUCCGGCUGCCCAGGAGCCUCUUUGUAUCCCUGCAGAGCAACAGGUCGGAGGUCUCGCUGGCCAUCACUGUCCUGGACAUCAGUCCGGGGAAUCUCUUCAAGGGCACCCAGCUCAGCCUGGAGGAUGGCAGCCACGUGUUGAACAAUCGCCUAGUGGGCUUGAGUUUGGGCAGGAUACCUGUCAGCAGGCUGGUUGAGCCUUUGGAGAUCACCUUCUCCCACCAGCGCCUACCCCCGAACAUGGCCCUCAGCUGUGUGUUCUGGGAUGUGACUAAAGGGUCAGCAGGAGACUGGUCUUCCACGGGCUGCUCCACGGAGCCCAGAGCCGAGAGGACUGUCUGUCGCUGUGACCAUCUGACCUUCUUCGCUUUGCUGCUGAAGCCGAUCUUGGACCGGGCCACCGUGCAGUUCCUCGUUCGCAUUUCCCAGGCUGGCUGUGGAGCCUCUAUGAUCUUCCUGGCCUUUACCAUUGUCCUCUACGUUGUCCUAAGGUUCUACCGGCAGAGGUUCAAGUCGGAAGAUGCCCCCAAGAUCCACGUGGCCCUGAGCAUGACCUUGUUUCUCCUGAAUCUCGCCUUCUUCUUCAAUGUGGGGUACAGCCACAAGCAGUCAGACGCCACCUGCCGGGCCUGGGGGGCUGUCUUCCACUACUUCCUACUCUGCACCUUCACCUGGAUGGGCCUGGAAGCCUUCCACCUCUACCUGCUCAUCAUCAAGGUCUUCAACACCUACUUCGGGCACUACUUCCUGAAGCUGAGCUUUGUGGGCUGGGGCCUACCUGCCCUCAUCGUCUUUGGCACUGGGAGCGUGGACAGCUACGGCCGGUAUACCAUCCGCGACAAGAGGAACGCCACUGUGCUGGAGCUGAAGCAUGGAGCUGAGCUGAGCCUCUCCCGGGGUGCCUGCCCCGGGCCCAUGGCUCUGUGCUGA